GGGGCGGGGCCGCGGCGCGCAGGCGCCCUAGCGGCAGGUCCCUGCGGCUCAGGAUGGAGGAUGACUGAACAUUUGUUUGGCCUUUGUGUCUUGCCAUUCCUCUGAAGAACAGAAGACACCUGUAAAACUAUACCCUUUGCCUUGCAUUCUACGAGCAAAAUGGAUAUACCAAACCCCCCAACUUCCAAAUGUAUCACUUACUGGAAGAGGAAGGUUAAAUCUGAAUACAUGCGACUUCGGCAACUUAAACGGCUUCAGGCGAAUAUGGGUGCAAAGGCUCUGUAUGUAGCAAAUUUUGCAAAAGUUCAAGAAAAAACCCAGAUCCUCAAUGAAGAAUGGAAGAAGCUUCGUGUCCAGCCUGUUCAGUUGAUGAAGCCUGUGAGUGGGCAUCCUUUUCUCAAAAAGUGUACCAUAGAGAGCAUUUUCCCGGGAUUUGCAAGCCAGCAUAUGUUAAUGAGGUCUCUGAACACGGUUGCGUUGGUUCCCAUCAUGUAUUCCUGGUCCCCUCUCCAGCAGAACUUUAUGGUAGAAGAUGAGACGGUUUUGUGCAAUAUUCCCUACAUGGGAGAUGAGGUGAAAGAAGAAGAUGAGACUUUCAUUGAGGAGCUGAUCAAUAACUACGAUGGCAAAGUCCAUGGUGAAGAAGAGAUGAUUCCCGGGUCUGUCCUGAUUAGUGAUGCUGUUUUCUUGGAGUUGGUAGAUGCUCUGAAUCAAUACUCAGAUGAGGAGGAAGAAGGGCACAAUGACACCUCAGAUGGAAAGCAAGAUGACAGCAAAGAGGAUCUGCCAGUAACAAGAAAGAGAAAACGACAUGCUAUUGAAGGCAACAAAAAGAGUUCCAAGAAACAGUUCCCAAAUGACAUGAUCUUCAGUGCGAUUGCCUCAAUGUUCCCUGAGAAUGGUGUCCCAGAUGACAUGAAGGAGAGGUAUCGCGAGCUCACAGAGAUGUCAGACCCCAAUGCGCUCCCCCCUCAGUGCACACCCAACAUCGAUGGCCCCAAUGCUAAGUCUGUGCAACGGGAACAGUCCCUGCACUCCUUCCACACGCUCUUCUGCCGGCGCUGCUUUAAAUACGACUGCUUCCUUCACCCUUUUCAUGCCACCCCUAAUGUAUAUAAACGCAAGAACAAAGAAAUCAAGAUUGAGCCAGAACCAUGUGGCACAGACUGCUUCCUUUUGCUGGAAGGAGCAAAGGAGUAUGCCAUGCUCCACAACCCUCGCUCCAAGUGCUCCGGGCGUCGCCGGCGAAGGCACCACGUGGUCAGUGCUUCCUGUUCCAACACUUCAGCCUCUGCUGUGGCUGAGACCAAAGAAGGGGACAGUGACAGGGACACUGGCAAUGACUGGGCCUCCAGUUCUUCAGAGGCUAACUCUCGCUGUCAGACCCCCACGAAACAGAAGGCUAGUCCGGCCCCACCUCAGCUCUGUGUAGUGGAAGCACCCUCGGAGCCCGUGGAGUGGACCGGGGCUGAAGAAUCUCUUUUUCGAGUCUUUCAUGGCACCUACUUCAACAACUUCUGUUCAAUAGCCAGGCUUCUGGGGACUAAGACGUGCAAGCAGGUCUUCCAGUUCGCCGUCAAAGAAUCACUUAUCCUGAAGCUGCCAACAGAUGAGCUCAUGAACCCGUCACAGAAGAAGAAGAGAAAGCACAGGCUAUGGGCUGCGCACUGCAGGAAAAUUCAGCUGAAGAAAGAUAACUCCUCCACCCAAGUGUACAACUACCAGCCCUGUGACCACCCGGACCGCCCCUGUGACAGCACCUGCCCCUGCAUCAUGACUCAGAAUUUCUGUGAGAAGUUCUGCCAGUGCAACCCCGACUGUCAGAAUCGCUUUCCCGGCUGUCGCUGUAAGACCCAGUGCAACACCAAGCAGUGCCCGUGCUACCUGGCGGUGCGAGAGUGCGACCCCGACCUGUGUCUCACCUGUGGGGCCUCGGAGCACUGGGACUGCAAGGUGGUCUCUUGUAAGAACUGCAGCAUCCAGCGUGGCCUCAAGAAGCACCUGCUGCUGGCCCCCUCAGAUGUGGCCGGAUGGGGUACCUUCAUUAAGGAGUCUGUGCAGAAGAACGAAUUCAUUUCUGAAUACUGUGGUGAGCUCAUCUCUCAGGAUGAGGCUGAUCGACGAGGGAAGGUCUAUGACAAGUACAUGUCCAGCUUCCUCUUCAAUCUCAACAACGAUUUUGUAGUGGAUGCUACCCGGAAAGGAAACAAAAUUCGAUUUGCAAACCAUUCAGUGAACCCCAACUGUUACGCCAAAGUGGUCAUGGUGAAUGGGGAUCAUCGGAUUGGGAUCUUCGCCAAGAGGGCAAUUCAAGCUGGCGAAGAGCUCUUCUUUGAUUACAGGUACAGCCAAGCUGAUGCCCUCAAGUACGUGGGGAUCGAGAGGGAGACCGAUGUCCUUUAGGCCUCCUGGGCCCCUCGCCAGCACUUAUGGUAGCGGCACUGUCCUGCUUUCAUGCACACACCACUGCUGCCCCAGUUUCCUGCACUAUGUGUCUCCCACACCGAGAAACCCCUACCCGCUCCCUCUGUAGUGAGGCCUCAGCUGUGUCCAGCGGGCACAAAACUGUCUCAGUGAGAGGAGAGACAGAGGCAGCUAGGGCUUGAGCUCCCAGGAGAGAGUUGCACAAGUGGGAGACUGAUCUCAGGCCUCGGAGGAAGGAGAGCACAGGCUGGGGGCGGGUGACUUACGCUUGAGUUCUUAUCAGCUACCCAGGCUGUGGGCCUCGGGAGUCAACUUGGAUGGUUCCUAACAAGCAUUAGCCUAACUUUCCAAAUCAAGGGUCCUUCUGUAGUUGGGUUGCCAGCAUAUCUCUCUGUGGUCCUAAGACCUGGAGAGGACAGGCUAAGUGAAGUUUGGUACCUGGAAUUUAUGAGUGGUCAGGGUUAAAGGCGAGCCUGGCGGGCAGCACAGACCGAACUCAGAGGGGAGAUGGGUCACCUUACUACCUCUUUCCUCCUGACAGGCUUCAAACUGAAAGAGUGUGGGUUCUAAGUAAAGAUAUUCAAUGCUGGGAGAAGGAAAGCUGAGUGCCAUCCUUCCACAGGCAGAGAGUGAGAACCAGCCUGACGACAGUAAUUAAACUGCUAAGCUUGGGGCCCAGCAGGCUUUGAGAAGCCUUCUGUGUAUACUCUGGAGAUGGAUAGACACGUUUUCAGAUUCCCGGGAGCAGGUACCAGUGCCCUGUCAGCCCCUUCCAAAGUUCUGGCUUAGCGACUGCAGGCAGGCAUUACGCCACCAUUGAAGAACUGGAGGGGGUCGUGCAGCCUGGGUGUGAUGCUCUGGUUCCCUGCAGAUGUAGUUGUUUUCAGGCCUUUCAUUCCCCUUAGAGGCUGGGCCCACAGGGUACUCUUCCGGGUACAGGGGUGCAGGCCUGGACUAGAGAGGGGGGAGGUUACUGGUUGAUUACUUUCCUGUCUGUAGCCCCUGCUGUUGGAAAGGAUGAGUCGACAGUAUGUGUUUGGAGGUGGGCAAGGAGCUCCCAAAUUGCGCGUGUUUGGGAUGGCAUCACGCAUGCGGUGCAGACUGGCAGAGGGUAUUUGAAGUGUCGAGAAGCAGGCCGGCCACCUGUGCCAGUUCGUGGUGCCCUUCUUUCUGGGAUUCAUGCAAAGCACUUUAUUUCCUUAGAUGGUCUGUAGAUUGAGGUGGAGUUUGAGCUAAGGUCUCGGGGGUCCCUGCCCAAAUCUCGUUCCUGAGGGAGGAGGGGGAAGGAGACAGUGGAAGACUCUCCUUCAGUUCCGUCUCAUGUCGUGGUGGAGGCAGGAGGAGCUGCCUUGAAACAGAAGAACUGAGUGAGGAUGGCACCGGCUCUAAGAGCUGCCCCUGUGUCUACGGCUGGUGCUGAGCUGCAGGGAAUAAGGAGCAUUGUGCUGGGGAAAAAGACAUGGGCAGGUACAGACCGGCCUAGGGAGUGUUAGGUAAGGGAGCGGGCCUCUCCCUUCUCUCUGGGGAAUUAGAGCCUCUCUUCCCCAGUCUGUGCUGACCACCCCCUUCCUGUAACCCCACUGGCUGUCCCGUGAAGCAAGGAGUAGGGUUCCCUCUGGCCAAACUGUCACCUAGGGAUUUUUGUGGGACGUGCAUGCGCGCACGCGCGUGCACACACACACACACACACACUCACAUCCUCUCACUCACCACACUUGUGGGCACACAUGCACUCAGCACUGAGCACACGCCUAGCUAGUUCCUGACAGAAGCCUCUUCCCACCAGACUGGGCCAGCCCCCACUCUGAUUCUGAAAUCUACAUCUGCUGUGGUUUGUAUGCAUUGUGUAUAGGGGACACCCUCUAGCUGGACUGUGGGCUCCAAAUUACUCAUAAAUUAUAGGGAAAAACCAGAGACAGAUGAAGGAGGAAGAGUUAGGGCUGUCUGAAAUGCCGGGGGCUGGCUAUAAGGAGCAGAUGGGGGAAAAAUUACAUCCAGCCUUUGAGAGGCUAGGCUGACCCCACCCUUCCCCCGGUGUACAGAAUCACUGUGGUUGAUCCCCUCCUUCCCCAGUGUCAGACCACUACUACUGCUGUUCCUCCAGCAUUCCCAUCCUUAUCCCCUGCUAUCCCCCACCUUUGAAUGACGGGUCUUAACCCCUCCCCCUCAGACAUGUAAUGAUGGAUGGAGCAAGGUGGUGGGGACCGGCGGGGGAGGCUGGUAUAUGUGCGGCUCUAUUGCCAGUGAAUUUCACGCACUUUAAAGUCCUGUGGCUUGUGACCUCUUAUCUGAAUAAAGUGGUAGAAUCCAUUCUGGCAAGUUGUGUAC